CUAUCGCUUCAGUCUCAUUACGAUUGGAGUUUAAGAAAUGUUCAAACGGUUCUAUCGAUAUCUGCUACUCUGAAACGUCAACCAUCGAUGAAAGACGCGUCCGAACAAUUGCUCGUUUUUCGAGCUUUGUGCGAAGUGAAUCUACAGAAAUUAACGCAUGAGGAUUCGAUUAUUUUUCAAUCGUUGUUGAACGAUCUUUUCCCUAAUUUCACGUUCUUCUCUCCUGAACACAUCGAAUUUCGUCAAAUGAUCGGACAAGUUUUAAAAAAACACCAUUGGACGAAGAUUCCUCAACAAAUCGAGAAAAUUAUUCAGCUGUACGAAACGAUGAAGACAAGACAUUCGACGAUGCUUGUCGGACCCACGAUGUUCGUUCAUUUUGUUUGUGCAUCGCGAUAUCGAUCGGCAACGUUUUCUGAAUUUUCAGGAGUGGCAAAACAGUUGUGUUGAACAUUUUAGCCGAAUGUCAAAGUCAAAUGGGAAUGAAAACAAUUCUCUACACACUCAAUCCAAAAGCAAUGAAUCUCGUCGAACUUUAU